ACAAAAAUAUUCGCAUUGCCAGGUAUCUCAAAAGAAGACGGCUGCAUCAAAAAUCUUGUGAGUGCCGCCAACAAUCAGAUUCUUCUCUGUUCUCUUCCGGCUGCACUACAAACAGCUAAAAAGCCCAAAGAAAAAUCAUUUAAUUCAAGUUCGCAUACCACUCGCUCUUUGUCUCGCUCCUCCACACCUGGGGAGCUGAAACCGAUCAAGGUCAAGCGGCGUUCUACUCCUGGAACUAAUAUUGAUCUUGACUCUAGGCAAAAUGAAGAGACCGGUACAUGUGUAACAUUUGCUGAGGCUGCAGUAGAUAAUAAUAAUACUUCCGCUGGUGCUGCGGUUAUAGACACAAAUAAUAUUAUCGAAGAAGGUCCAGAAGUCAAUAUUCUUGGAAAACUGGGCGACUGUGUUGACAAUUUAACCGACAAAGUGAGUAUGAUUCUGUUUUUACUCAUUACUUUAGCCUAUAUUUUGGCUUAG